AUGAUAGUAGUAACAGGGCUCCUCUACAAGGUUCUUAGUUUACCCGUCGAUUCUUCGGGUCAAUGGCCAACAUUUGCCCGAAGAAAUAUAGCAGCUCUGGCUAGAGAGGGAUACCUGAGAAGUGCUGCGUCUGGCUACAAGAGAAGCAUUUCAACUCUCGCUAAAAACGGCCAAUUGCCAACCUAUAGGUCCCCUUACAGCGAAGCCAGCAAGUCGGACCAAGAUGAUGAGGCGACACAAGACAAAAGAAACGUUGCCUCUAUUGCCCGUUUGCGCAGCUACACAGCCCUGAAAAGGAACAUACAGUCAUUGGCUAGAGAUGGAUAUCGCACUGGCAGGGGACAACACAACCAGGGCAAUUCUAAACGCAACAUCGCAUCCUUAGCUCGCAAUGGUAUGAUUCACAAGAGGAACGAAUUAGUAGGGGACGAGUAUUACUAUCCGUUCUACCAGGACCCCGUGUCGCUCUUGCCGGAAGGAGAUGGGCCGUUUGACGUCAACGAAAUAUACGGUUUCCAACGGUCAGUUAAUCCAGACGAGUUGGCUCCGAUGUCGCGAGUUUUCAAGCGGGACGAAAUGGACUUGUUGUAUCCGUAUAGCACUCAGGAAACUGAAUACAACGAUAAUUGGUAUCUGAAACGUGGAACGGCGGGCUUGCCAGCUCACGGGUUGUAUAGGCCAACUUAUAUCGAACCCGCUACACGCGUCAAGAGGUACAUACUCUCUCUGCCGGACGAGAUCGAUACCAACGACAUUGAGACGUCCGAAAAGGACGAUAACGAAAAUGAAGAUAAACGUUCUGUAGAUGAAGAUGACAUCCGUGAUAAAUUUGCGAAACGUCACAUUGGGUCGUUGGCCCGUUUAGGUCUUUUGCCGUCUUUUAGGAAGCAUUCCGCUGACGAGAAUUUCGGAAUUAGGGAAUAUUUCUCUGGUCCCGAAGUUGACGCAGCAAUCGAUUCUGACGACUCCGACUUACCGCCGCCGCCAAUACUUGCUCACACGCACCCGACCGGUCGGUACCUCCACCGAUCGCUAAACGACCUGCCACCAUCUCCUAUACUCCCGCAAAACCCAUCCAACAGCAUUGACGCCUUCAGCAAGAACAACUGGCAGACGAAUUCCAAGGACGUGCCGAGGUUCUACCAUUUUAGGUCGCUGAAAGUGCCGUACCAUUCUUCCGGUAAGAGGUACCUCCUGCUGCCCGCUGUCGAUAAUAUUAUGCUCAGGAAAAACUACCGCAAUAGCAGUCUGCCAAGCAGGCGUAAGAAUCAG